AUGUAUGCCCAUGAAAAUGGCUGUCCAUGGGAUGAAGAUGCAUGCAGCAAUGCUGCCGAGCAUGGUCAUUUGAACAUCAUUAAAUAUUUGCAUGAGAAUGGAUGCCCAUGGAAUGCAAAUACAUGCCGCAAAGCUACUGAGCAUGGCCAUUUCAAAAUUGUCAAAUAUUCGCAUGAGAAUGGGUGCCCGUGGGAUGCAUAUACGUGCAACUAUGCUGCUGAAAAUGGCCACUUGGAAAUCAUCAAAUAUGCCCAUGAAAAUGGCUGCCGCUGCAAUGCCGCCAAGCAUGGUCAUUUGGAAAUCCUAAAAUAUGCUAAUGAAAAUGGCUGUCCCUGGGAUGAGCAAACCUGCAGCAGUGCUGCUGCUUCUCCGAAGUUGGAAAUCCUGAAGUAUGCUCAUGAAAAUGGAUGUCCAUGGGAUCGUGACACAUGUGACUUUGCUGCGGCAAUGGGUCAUUUGGAAAUCCUCAAAUAUGCCCACGAAAAGGGUUGUCCAUGGGAUGAACACACAUGCAAGACUGCUGCUGAUUGCUGUCAAUUGGGAAUCCUCCAAUAUUUGCAUGAAAGUGGGUGCCCAUGGAAUCAAUCUGUAUGCAAUGCUGCUGCUGGGAGAGGCCAAUUGGAAAUCCUCAAAUAUGCCCAUGAAAAUGGCUGCCCAUGGGAUGAACACACAUGCAUCAAUGCUGCCGAGCAUGACCAUGUGGAUAUCCUGAAAUAUGCACAUGAAAAUGGCUGUCCAUGGGAUGAACACGUGCACCAAAGCAGCUGGGCACGCCAUGCUGCAGAGGACGUUGAUUUGGAUAUCCUGAAAUAUGUCCAUGAAAAUGGCUGUCCAUGGGAUGAGCACACAUGCAGCAAUGCUGCCUUGUUCGGCCAUUUGGAAAUCCUCAAAUAUGCCCAUGAAAAUGGCUGUCCAUGGGAUGCUAGCACGUGCAGCAAUGCUGCCGAGUACGGUCAUUUGGACAUCCUCCAAUUCGCCCAUGAAAAUGCCUGUCCAUGGGAUGAGCGCACAUGCAGCAAUGCUGCCAAGCACGGCCAUUUCGAAAUCCUAAAGUAUGCCCAUGAAAAUGGUUGUCAAUUGAAUGAAAUUGAUGUGCUCCGCUUUGGUACCUGGGAAGCAUCAGCUUGGGUUCGAGAAAUGAUCUCCCAGAGGCAGGCCUGA